AUGAAUCUGGCUUGCCAUGUGGACAUCAACAAGGACGUGGGAGGACUCCUCAUUCGCGCCGCUAUCUGGAUGAUGGUGAUAACUGCUGCAUUGAUGGCAUUCAUCGGCUUCUUCGAGACAUGGCUCACACACGGCGCCAUCAUUGGUGUCGUGUUGCUCCUUGUACAAAUGUACUAUGGGAUUGCUCUGGUGGUCCAGGCGAUCAAGCCGACCCCCAGAGAGCACGACCCUGAGCAAACGAAACCGUCUCCUGCCGACAUUGCCGUUGGGAUCAUGCUUCUCGAUGCAAUGAACCUAGCUGCGGCUACUCCGAUUUACAUGAAGAAACCCCUGGGAAUGCGUUGGUUCACAAAAGCUGCCCUAGCAGGACAAGGGUUCGGGUUGAUACUCCUAGGGUUGCUCAUUGGCCUCUUCACUCGAGGCGAGUUUAGGUCGGGUCACCGCUGCCGGUGCUUUCGACUCUUUUGGUGGGCAUGGCUGAGCAACUGCUCCCACGGAAGACCUGUAGAAGUGGCCGCAGUCUGGUUGUAUUAUGCAUUUCGAUGUCUCAACUUUAUCCAGAACGUCGUUUUCGGACUCAAAAACACUGGCGACUUCCAGGCAUGUAAGGGACUUCAUCCAGUGCAGAAAUAUUUGCGAUCGGAGCGUAUUACCCCUGGAGACGGCAAUGCCCUCUGGAAUGAAAUGGACAUUCGCGGUACUGGUUCGCCAGCUCCUCAAGAUGAAGAUGACGCCUCUGAUGGACAACGCCGUCAGGAAUUGCGCCGACAGCGACAGUCCAUCAACUCGCUCCUGAGUGAGGCCCAGAACAAACCAGGCCGGUAG